AUGCCUAUCCGCAUCCCCGCCGCUACUAAGACGGAAGUUUUCUGUUUCGGCGCAGCAGGCGUCAGCGCUUUUGCCCCGUUCUACAUGAUGGCCCCUGGCGCUGAGGAGCGUAUCGCACGCCAGACUGUCAAGUGGGCUCCUCGAUGGGAACGCAACAUCACAUUCUUCAAGUCGCCAGUCGAGCGAAGCAUCCAGAAAGUCACGCCGCCCGUGGCCAGAACUGUGCAGAGGGUUGACCGAAAGCUACCCCUUGAGAACGUCGCCAAGAGAGCCGACAGCCGGAUCAAGAAGAACUUCGACAUCUUGGGAAUCAAGCGUACCUAA